AAUGCUGCAGCUUCAUCUUGCUUAGAUUUGCUGCUUUAACAAAUUCUUGGAGCUUUAAACAUUUUCAGCAACUCCAUUUCAGCAACUUGUACUUCCUUGGAUCUUUGCUGAGCUUUUCUGCUGCACCCUUGACAGAAAAUCUUUUUCCCUUUGGACUGCUGGCUGUAGAAUCCAUGAACACCUUCUCUUUGUUGGUCCAGCUUGCCUCUCCACACCAUCUCCUAACCAUGCUUGAUCUUGAGCUAUAGUGGGCCUACCAUACGCCUUCAUCACUUGCGGAGUGAUUUGGCUAAAAAUGGAAGAGGGAUUUCACAACAAAACCUACUGGCAUCCAUUUAGAAAGGUGGCUUUUUCUAGGGGUAAAAAGGGGGUUGAGAGAGUGGACUUGGAGGAGAAGGAGAGUGACACUCGGAGUUACCUCCUUUGGUGAGGUGAGAACCCAUUUUCUUCAUUCAAUUUCUGCUAUUAUAUAGCAUAAAUCUCAUAAUACAUCAACAGUAAUUUCAACCUAAUACAAUAAAAUCUAUCAAACAUUUAAAGCAAGAUUACAUUCAAAAGAUUUGCUGCCAUUUUGUUCAGCUCCAUGUGGCUGUCACUUUGCUGCCACUGCAUUGUUGUUGCAGCUCUCACGUCUUUUCAUUUGCUGCCACUGUGUUGCAGCUUUGACACCACAACUCCAACACCACCCACCAAGACAAGGAUAUGAGGGACAAGUUCAGGCUGAUUUAAUAAAGUCUUAACAAGGAUUGCUGCAACAAGAGGCAAACUUCUACGGGGUUCUCUCUCUUUGGAGUGUUUUUUAAGAUAUUUUGAUUACAAAGAAUCAAUGUACUCAGUAUCUGAGUAAUAGUUGUGUGCUUGGACAGUUAGUAUUAUUUUUCCAUAUUGCUCUAGGUCUUAUGUCUGGGAAAAAAAAUUGAGACACCAGUAUUGUAUUAUUCAUUCUAAUAUUGAAUUUUGUUCCUGUUUUGGUCCUGUGGUUUUCCCCU